UUAACACAAUUACACACGUUUUAUUGAGUAAAGUGCAUUUCAGAGCACAUGAACUGAAGACGACAACUACUGAAGUUGCAUACAGAAAAUAUCAAAUGUCAAAUAAAUACCAAAUUGCACAAAAUAAACAAUUUUUCAAAAUAAAAGACAUGUUAAACAUCAGAUUUGCAUAAAAUAUUUUCUUUUUUGACCAGCUGUUUGCGGCCCAUCCAGUACAUGUCCGCGACCCACUUUUGGGUCAGGACCCACCAGUUGAGAACCACUGUAUUAUAUCAUUUUUAUUAAAAAAUCACACAAAAACACUUUAAGUUUAUUUAAAUCAGAAUUAAUGGUUUCUCCCCCUCAUAAACACACAGACGCUGCACACAAAUCACAAUCCAAAAAUUAUUCACUGCAAAAACUCACCUGAUAUAUGUUUUAUGUUUUUAUACAUGUUUGUCUUUUUCUAACCAAAAAUAACUCAUUGGACUUGAUAUAAGCCACAUUACAGGGGUAGGUUUUUAUUUCAUAAGAUAAAAAAAAAAAUCUGUCCUUGAAUGCUUAAAAAAAUUCUGCAAUAUGCAUAAUUUACAUCUGUUUUUUUUUAAAUCACAACAUCACAAAGAUUCGACUUUUUGCAGUAUUUCUUGUAACUUGCUGUGCAAUAUUUCAUGCACUUUAUCUGCUCAAAAUAGAGGUUAAAUCUACAAAGUACCUCUGAAUUUAGUGAAUGCAUCAUGUCUCUAACUAACAACAAAAUCAGCUAGUAUUGAAGUACUCAAUAUGGCCUGAAGAUGGUGCUGCUAAUCCACGGACAAAGUCUUUCCUCCUGGACAAACUCCAGACUAAAUCAACAGAAUAAUGUUGAUUACUUUGCAGUGGGCUCUAAUUAUGUUGAUGUUGGCAUAGUUAGUACAUAUUUACCGACCGAAAGCUAAUUUUCAGAGAAUUAAAGAGACAAAAAUCAAACAUUUAGACACAAACGAUAAAAGUCAGUGUGUUUAUUUUCAUGUACAAGAUCUUUAAACUGCAAUCCUGUCAGAUUUUAAUAGCGUGUGGUUUCAUUUGUAAGAGUUGCAGCUCUUAGAAAUUCAUCUUAAGUUUCAGUGUAACACAUCUUUGGUCCUGUGAAUUUUUUAAAGAUUAAUUUUAAGUUUUUGCUUUAAAAAAAUAAUAAGAUAAGAAAGCAAGUAGGGGAGAGUGGGGUAAGAUGAGCCAUUUUUCAUAUUUGGGAUCACUACAUCAAGUCAAUCAUAGUUUUGUCUCUAACUAGUGUAUCUGCAUAUAUUUCAGGAUGUUGUUCAUCCCUGCAAACCAACAGAAUGAGUGUAAACAUAACUGUCUUGAUAAUAUAGCAUGUAACUUACCCCGUGUAUGGGGUAAGUUGACCAUAGGAGCGGGGUAAGUUGAGCCGUAUCCCUAAUACACAAAGAGCAGGUGGUUGUGGAGCAAAACAAUGUCACAAAAAAAGGAUGUAUCCUUCAGGAGCAGAGAGAAGAAAGAGGAAGAAGAGAGAAAACGCCAAGAUAAAGGUAUGUUUGCAUGUCAGGGAAUGUUAAUCAAAGAGAUUUGUAAAGGUGUGUGAUUGAUCAAUAAUCAAUAUUAUUGGCAGAAAUAGAGGGCCCCAAAAUCAAAUUUUGCUUCGGGCCCCAUUGAGGCUUGGACCGUCUCUGACCCAUGUGCUUCUAACCUUCACAGACUUCAUGAAUUGAUGCCCAUCUCCUAAAGAUUUGGUCACAUGAUCAAUUUCUUUUACCAUUUCCAAACAACAGGGGGUGGCUCAACUUACCCCAGUCUCCCCUAUCCACUUGAAGUUGGCUCCAGAAAACCCAAAUUAACACUCAUGCAGGUCUGCAGAAGAGGAAGGCAGAGUAAGUCCCUACAAAACUUAGAGAAGCCGGUUUACUAACCCUGGGGCGGUGAUAUUUUGCAGGUGAGACAGGGAACUACUGCGCAGACUCCACCGUGGAGACUCACGUUGCUUGUUUUCCACCUGACGUAAGCACGUAAUCAGCCCAGCAGGUGGCAGCCUGUCCAAACGAAUGUCACCGGAUUUACCGAGCCGAGAUUUGGAUGGACCUUCCGGCUUUUCCAGAACUAGUGAACACCCGGUGGAUCUGCUGUAGAGGUAGAUUGAGCUAGAGUUUUUCAUUUUUAAGACAAAAAGGCGGUUUGAAAGGAAAGAUAAGUUCAGAAUUCAUCUUCCGGGUCCUUCCUGUCUCCCUGCAGGUUUUUUUGGAGGCUGCUGGUUUUUGUUUGUGGAGGGAAAUCCGCGUCUGAUGGGCACACCGCAACGCCGUGACGCAUCUCUGCCCCCGCUGCUGCAACACAAUCAAAUAUGAAUCACCAGCAAAGCGCCGAGAUGCUUCUUCUUCACCUUCAUCUUCUACUUUCGUCUUCCUCUUCCUUUUGUGGGUGUAAACAGCGUUUACAUGGUGAGGAAGAGGAGGGGGUGUGGCGCUGACCAUCUCCCAUUCACCAAAACAACACACGCCCAGAGAGGAGACACGCAUCCGAGGCGUAAAAAUAAAAAAUAAAGAAGAGGAGGAGGAGGAGGAGGAGGCAGAGCUGGGGAUCAGGUUGGAUCACUGUCUGCUCCGGACUGUCGCUGGGCGCACAGGCCAGCCAUCCAGCCAUCCAGCCAUCCAGUCAGCCAGCCCCUCGGCAUCCUUCCGCAGGUUCUCCACGCAAGAGGAUCCUCUUCAUUACGCAGAUUCCGAGCCUGGAUGCGGAGAGGACCAGUGGCCCCGCACACGAAGAUGCGAUAACUCCGGUAAGAUCAGAGAUGCUUUCUUGUUGUUUUUGAGGAUCAGCUGUUUGGGUUUGUUGUUGUUGUUGUUGGAGCACAGCUAAGCUCACUCAGACGGAAACCAACGCAGAUGAGGGGAGGACAAAGGGGCGGAUGGAGCUCAAACAACAGCCAUAACAGCCUCCUGUCUCCUGGUACUGGAUGUUACAGCAUGAGGAGGAAUAUUCUCAUCUUCAUCAUGAGAUACAGGAGUCAGGAUGCUACAGUAGAGCAGAGAGCUGCUUCAUUUGGCCUCUCAGUGCUGCCUUAGCUCCUGGUACAUCCUUUUCUUACUCUCUCUCGCUCUGUAGCUUUUUGUGAGCUGACCAUAAAAUACUCAUUCCCCUCGUCUCCUCUCUCCUUCUAAUAGCAGGCCACAGCAUCACAGCCGUACAAGUCGACAUCGAUCUCCCAGACUUUCAUCUCCGUGUCACCUAAUUACACCAAAUCCCCUCUUUACUCUCUUUAUUUCAGGGUGAGUUCAUCAGAGGCCUGCGUGGCAUCUCCUCUCAGAUCAUUUCAAGAGUUUCUGCCGUGUGUCCUCGUGUGAACCGCUUCUUAAAUGAGCUCUAAAGUGACUCCUAAUACUGAUCGUGAGCCAAAAAAGUAGUUAGAUAAGUGUGUUUGUCCAGGUUGUGUAAGCUCACUGUUAUCCUUCGCUCAAGUUUGAACUUGUGGACCCUUGCAAAUUAUUUUUAGCUUUUAUUUGAUUGAAAACAGUAAAAUGUGGAAACAGGACCCCUCUACUACAGAGCCAUGCACACGCAGAGUGAAGUGUGGCAUCUUCUUGCAGAGUUAUAGCAGAAUCUAGCGUUAGUGUGCCAGCUACAAACCGGGUUAGGGUUCCCUCUCUUUCUUAGAGCAGAAGGAUGCGGCGUCCACGAUCUCCAAAAGAAACGUCAAACUUAGAUUCGCCAGAACACGUGAUCUCAGUCUGUCUUAAAAAAGUAGGUCCGGGAAGGUUGAAGAUUUACUUUCAGGCUUUUUUGCGUAUUCAAAGAGGAGGAUAGGACCGGGGUUAGAAUAGGGAACAGGGUGAGAGGAUCCAGGUUGGAAGUGAACUCGGUACCGCUAUCCGUCCAGGAAGCACGGUAAAGGGAAAGUCCCGCCUCCUUUGCCUCUGAUUGGCUAGAAAAGCUGGAAAUGUCAUCACACAUGCAAGCCAAACGUGCACUGUCAGCUCUGUACAUCAGAACAUUACAAAACAUUAUGGCAAUUCUGAAUCCCCUAACCCUAACCCGUCAGACGAUGACGUUUCACAGCCAUUAGGAAGAACCAUUCGGAGCCCAGAACUUCUAGCCAAUCAGAGGCUCAUAUGCGAAACAAACAUAACUUCCUCUUUUCAUAUUUCAAUGCAUUUUACAGCAGUCAGUCGUUACUAUUGCUACCUACCUGAUUCGUACUGCGCAAGUGCAAAUGAAAACUUUAUUUAAACUACCGGUCGAGUUUAGAAGACGGCGAUGUGACAGGCUAGCUAGCUGCAGGCUCCAGAGCUCCUGCCCAGCAUGGUGAGACAUUUUGGGCCACAGUGAGCACAGCUACCUAGUCAAACUUAUGGUUUUCAUAAUUGGGUUUCCGUUGCAAUUUUACAAUCCAGCUGUAGUAGGAACUUAUAAUCGUGAAACUGGGCGCCAUUCUCUUGACUUUCCGGCGCUCUGCUUCAGUCAGGGGAAGCGCUACGUUCAGGAGAAAAGUGUGUGGCUGUUAUAAACUGAAGCAUCCAUUCUGACUGAAGCGAGCUCACUGAUGCUAAAGCCGUCGAACAAGUGUUGAAGUUGUCGCAAACCGCGAGGGGCAAAGAAUUGCAGAGCUGCUACAAAGACGGCUAGUAGAGGACGUGACGUUUGUUUGGUACAUGUGCAGUACAAAUCAGGUUUCCAGGACGCAGUAUUUUUUUUUGUAGGAUGGUUGGGUAAAGUCCCACCUCCUGCAGACAUGGACAUCAGCCUCACUGUCAUUAUUGACAUUAAUAAUACAAAAUAGAACUGACUACGAUUAAGCCUGCUAACUGUAAUCGCACUCAAUUAAUUCAACAUUGUCCAUUAUCACUCAUAUCCUAAACCUGUAAACUGAACGUCUUUUUGUUUCACCAUUACAUGAGCUGUUGUUGUUGUUGCUGUUGUUCCUGCUGCCUCCUGUCUCUCUCUCACCCUCGUUCCCUACUCUCUCUCCCUCCCCCUCCCUCUCCAUACUCAUUCUCUCUCGCCUUUCCCCUAUCCUGUUGUCUCUCUCCCUCCCCCUGUCCUCUCCCCCUCUCCCCUCUUCUCUCUACAUUCCUCCCCAACCCAGCAGCGGCAUGGUGGCUGUCUAGCAUGAGUCUGGUCCUGCCCAAGGUUUCUGCCUGUUAAAAGGAAGUUUUUCCUUGCCACUGUAACUCAUGUUAGUUGAGAUGGGCCAAAACCCAUCUUAGGUUGGUUCUUGAUCAUCAAACAAUGAGCGUGGUCCAGACCUGCUCUUGUUCCUUGAAAAGCGUCUUGAGAUGACGACUGUUGUGAAUUGGCAUUAUAUAAAUAAAAUUUGAUUGAUUGAUUGACCUCCUUUGCCUCUGAAUGGCUAGACGACGACAUUUCACAGCCAUUAGGAAUAACCAAUCAGAGCCCAGCACCUCUAGCCAACAGAGGCAAAGGAGGGCGGGACCUUCCCCUACAAAAAAAAAUUUCGCUUCCAGGACGGAUCAGACAUUGACAUCCGGGUCGAAAACUUGAGGCCUAACCUACACAAACCAGGCGUGCAUGUAGACUGUUAGACUCAUGGCACAGUUUUAACAAACAGUUCUCUUAAAGCGGUGAUUCUGAAUCCAUGCGGUGAACUCCACUGCAGAGUCCUAUAAUGACGUGUAUUACCCCACUGUCUGUGUUUUUCCAGGCAUGUUGGCACCAUGAUCCAUGGCCGUGGUGUUCGGUGUGUCACUGCAGGUUGUCUUGCAAGAGGAGAUUGAAUGCCUCUAACGUCUCAAGGUAAGACUUUCCCCUCUCCUGCUCCUCUUGUGUGAGCGUGCACGUGGGAGGUGCUGGAAUUGAUCCAUGGCCUUGAACAGCUGCUCCCUGCCUCACUUCUUCGUGUCUCCUUCAUCUUGACGUCUCCUCGCUCAGCCCCGAACCUCAGUCACAUCUUCAUCUGCGUUAGUCAGCGCAGGGACGUGUCAGCGAGUCUGAAGGGAAGACUCUUUCUUUUUUAAAGCUCAAUUAGACGAAUUACCGCGAGGGUGAGAGCGAACAGCGGCGGCUGAACCUGAACUUUUUGGUGGGAGGGAGAUACACAGAAGCGCCAAAAACACAUCGAUGUGUGAGUACUUGUUUGGCGUCUAUGUUUAUCAUGUGUUUGUCUGCGCGCGCUGCAGGCUGUAAACUAAAGUUCAGCUGCGGUUCAUAUUUUGACAGGUUCAGAUAAAGCAGCUCGGGGGCCCUCUGUUUUGGAUCCUGACAUCCACCCUCCAUGAUUAGAGACAGUGUGUCAGAGUAAACUUAAAGCUCACACUGGUCCUCGUGUUUGUUUGUGUCUGUGUCUGUGUCUCUGCUUUUAACCAUCCAGGGAGAAGUUUGAGUUGUGGAGAGUCAGUGUCGGUAAUUGUCAGUAGGGUCACACUGGUUUAGAGAUUCUGGAUCGAUUUUAGUGUCAAAAAUGGCAAAUAAUUGGAUAUUUGAUUGGGAUACUGAUGCUUUUUUAACUGACUGUUGUUGUUUUUUAGGAUUAGGAAAUAUGGGGUGUAGAGAGUUGAAGCAAAAGGGGAUCCAACCAGGACUAUAGCCUCUGUGCAUGAUGCUCUUAUUUGCUCAAUCCGCUCAUUUUUUUGUUGUUGUUGUCAGGCCAAGAAUCCAAAUUAAUCUUCCCUAUAAGAAUAGUAGUAAGUAUUCAAGCCUUUAUUUCAUACAGGAGCUUUAAAUUGACGACAGAUCCAGCGUUUUAAGUGAUAAGCACAAAAGAGACCUGCAGCUCGCGGCGUAUUCGAUUUCUGUCAAAGUGAUAAUCGGGGGAAUUCCUCCCACUCACAUAUGAAGACAUCUGAUCUCAAUCUGAGCAAUUAAAGAGCGACUAUCCUGGAGGGUACGAGUCGGAGGACAGAAAAUGAAACCGGAGCGUGGAUGUGUGUUUGUGUGUUUGUGUGUUUGUGGCUGUUACAGUUUUGGGAAGUGUGUUUCGGUCGGUCCUCUUUGGACCUCAACUUCUGCUUAUGAAUAAUGAAAUGUCAUCCUGCUUCAUGCCUGUUCAAGAUGCUUACGUCUUUGUGGGAACGGUUGUGGGAAUCCCCUCUACUGUUCCUCACAGACAGCAGUCCAGUAAAGUCGCCUAACGGUGCUUUAACUCCAGCUUGACCUAACUGUGCAUGCAAAUCGUCUGACCGUUGCCCCCGUGCGAGAACCAAAGCGUGAUUGAGGUCGAGGCCUCAGUAUCUGCACCGACUACAGCAGCCUCGCUGAAGAUGGAUGUUCUGCAGGAAGUGUGGCUUUGCAUACGGAUAGGUUUGUGUGAGCACGGACGUAUAUAAAUACACACACACACACACACACACAUACGCAUGAAUGCAUUCACACAUCAUCCUACACAACACUUACAGUUUAAACUGAAAAGCCAGCGGGGAAGCCUUCAGCUGCUGUCACUGUGACGAGCAGCCACAAGUGUCACACAGCUAAUCGCUUCUGACGCCGCCGUGUGUGAGCGUGUGUGUGUGUGAGUGUGUGCGCACUGACUGAGCAGCUACUGUACGACAUUUUCAUUCAAGCAGGGUUUUUCUCCAAGUAAAGCAGCUGGGGGGAGAAAAAAGCGGUAAAUCUUCUGCUAAAGAGAAGCAGAGGCAGAGUAAAUGGGAGGGGCCUUCCUCUUAUGGCCGUUAUCUCGCCAAACAGGAAGUCAGCGUUGAGACAAAGGGGGAAGAAUUUGUUUACUAGAUCGCAUACAGAGAUUUGACCCGAGCGCCGCACAUACAGCCCUCAGUUUGUGGCGUGAAUGUCGGGCGGGUUCAGUGAAGGUAAACAGAUACACACACCUGACCUUCAGCCCACAGAGACAGUUUUCAUCCUGUAUGUUCAUGGGCGCUCUAGUUCAUCUUAUAUUCAUUUCGUGACUCAUUUAUGUAUCAAUCCACGUCUGGAAAUAGACCCUGAUAAAUGCAGUUUUCUCCUGUUUGAUUCCUGUUCCUGAUGGCUGUGAGCCCCCUCCCCUUAAAGAUCUACUUCCUAAUGAUGAUCUGAAUAUUACCAAAACAUGAUGGUAGCGACAAACACAUGAUGACACCAGCUGUAUCCUUCAAAUAUGCCUGCGCCAGAUCUCAGUGUCAUAUCUAACGUCUGACACAGAUGAUAUCUUGCGGUUUCUGAUGUUGCAACUCAAAAUUUGGCGAUUCACGACACAUAAUCAGCUCAAGACUUCCUUUUUCAGGUGCAUGACGGUGUUGGAGUCAGUUUGCAGACACUAACUUCUAUCAUGUCUGUAAAAACGUGUGCACACAGUGGCAAACAAAAGCUAAUGAAGAGUUUUACUGUUGCUGGAACACCUUUUUACACCUGCGUGUCUGAGUGUGUGUUUGUGUGAAGCUCCUGCUGUGUGUUCAUCUCUCAGGAUUAAUAUGGAGGUAUAAAGUCGUGACGAUGGCACAGCUGUGUGAGCUGCAAAUGGAAAAAUCCGCCUAGAAGUCUCAGCGAGUGCCUUUAACGUUUCUGUCUGUGUCUUGGAAACAAAAGAAGUAAAAGCAAAGAAAUCUUUCAACACAUGGAUGAUAAACAGUCAAAAACUCACCGUUAGCGCUUGUAUGAGAGCACAUAUUAAGACCGGAUUGCUGCAGAAGGUGUUACCUGGAUGUAAAUGAGCACAGAUGACAGACGGCGUCAUCCUUGUUAAGCUAAUAGCUGGAGAAAGUGUCAUUUAUGGGUUUGAAAAUGGUGUGAAAGCACGGCUAUAGUACUCUAGCAGUUAAAAGUGUUUAUAUCAAAUGCUCAUAUUGUAAAACCUGCAGCUGUAUUCUCACAGGCUUUCGGUUCCCACGAUUGUUUAAAAAUGCAGCUCCUUCUCGGUCUCCUUGGUGAUGCUUCUACUGUCAGAAAAGGAGAAAACCAAAGAAAGUUUCGACUGAUACCUGAUCAGUCGCUGCGUUUCGAGCUUCAUUUGGGGUAAAUAUAGAGACAGAGUGUGAAUACCAGGUCAGUUUUAUUUCAGGCAGCGUGUGUGCCCUACUAAAACUACCAUGUUGGUCAUACUGUAUAAAAACAAAACAGCUUUUCUAAUUUUAAUCUGUGUCUUUUCUAACCCCCGUAUUCCUCCCUCCUUUGCUCCAUUCAUCAUGUAAUUGGGCGGAUUAUGACUAACUGCAAAUCCUCAGGCUGUUUGCAGGCUGUCGAGCAGCUUUUACAGAGAUUAUGAAGUGCUUAAUGUUUUUAGAUUCCUGUUUGUUUGUGAGCCUUCAGUCAGGAUUCAUCCACUUUUUCUUUUUUUGAUCCCUAAACUGUCAAAUCCAGACGUCGAUGUUUCGAUGCAAAUCCGUUUCUUAUCAAAGAGGAGUGUCAAACCUCGUGUGUCGCCGCUUGAGCGAAUGAGAAGCUCGUAAUGAUGAAGAGCGAAGACGUUUGCAUCUCGGAGUCGAGGCAACUGCUGAAGUCGUCAUGAGAGAGUGUAUUGAUGAUGACAAGCAUAAUUAGAGGAUCUGUGUAUUAUCUGUCCGUUCAAUUAUUCCAUUCAAUCUAGUGAACAAAAAUGAAAAAAUGAGUCAAUAUUUAAUUUAUUUUUUUAUUUUUUUAUUUUUUUUUAACCAAAAAAUAAAAAGUUUAUGUAAUAGAUGUAGAUAUAAUAGAGAAGGAAACAAAAACGAAAUAAUAAAUCUUAUUUACAGUUAUUGAUUUUGAGUUUGCCUGUUUUGAGCAUACGUGCGUGGAGGCUACAUUGGCCUUCCCAUGAUCCUCAGCGACAGUUACCAUGGCGAAAGAUGCGACAGAGCGGUUCGAGCGCCAAAAUCUUACGUUGUAUCAGAGCUCUGGUCAUAAUUUCUUCAGCGUGACCCUCCUGGCGGGUUUUAAUGAUACGUAGGAUGCGUCUGUCUCCAUGACAACAGGUUAGCCGUUCUCUACCGCUCUGGUCUGGAGUUUUUUGUCCACGUUGUCGGCUACUUUGUUGUGCAAUGUGCAUUUAUGAACAGUAGAAAGGCACCAUGGGAAAUGGGGACAUCAAUAACCAGAAAACGAAAAGUAGAUUUAUUGUUUUGUUUUCAUUUCCAUCUCUAUUACCGUAUUUUUCACACUAUAAGGCGCAUUUAAAAUCCUUUUGGCUUGUCAGAGCACUGCAGCUACCGUAGCCUCGCUGAGUUAUUGAAUGAGUUCAACAAAGUUUGACUUAUCUGACCGUUUUGUUUGGCUUAAUGCGCCUUAUAAUCAGGUGCGCCUUAUAGUGCAAAAAACACGGUAUAUAUUCUGUUUUGAACUGAAACUAGAAAAACAAACACUAAUCUGUUAUUUUAUGGUCAUUUAGAAAACAAAUGAUCAAAAUCUUGACUAGUUUUGUUGUUUUUUGUUUACUAGAUUGAAUAGAAUAAUUGAAUGGAUGGAUAAUGGAUAACCUUAGAGGUUAUUUGUCGGUGGAGAGCGUUUGGAUCUCUGAGACGAUGAUGAUGAUGUACAAACACAGAAGUACACCCAACCCUUUUCUAUUCACUCUUUUUUUUUUCUUGCUCUGGAUUUGCACCUACGCACACACACACACACACACAUACAGUGAGCACCCUCCACUGAAGAUCUUGUGCUAACAAACACUCCUAGGAGAGGUUACUCGGUGAGAGGAGGGGGAGCUGCCCUGCCAAACAAAAGAACCAAGAACAAGAUGAAAGCUUCGCUGUUGGCAUGGCAACCACCGGCUGAUCUGCAUGGUGAGGUUUGAUGUUUGACGUGUUGACGGUGGAUUCUGUGUCAGAGAGAGAGAGAGAGAGAGAGAGGUGAAGAAAACCGGUUGGAUCCAGCGUUGCUGCGUGAGUGCUCUUUACCUCCCUGCUGUGGUUUGUUGUUGUUGUUGUUGUUGUUGUUGUUGUUGUUGUUGUUGUUUUUCUCCUUUUAUUAAGAGACGAUGCCAAACAUCAAACCUCAUAACUCUGCAGGUCAAUGUGUGCAGCUUUUUCUGCAUUUGGACGUUCCACAGAUGUGUUAGUCCAAGAGGCAUAUUGACACAUCACACAUCGAUACUGAGCGUCAGGCAGUCAGGGUUGUUCACUGUCAAUAUGAUGGAGGUCUCCACUGGAGCAGCUACAUGAAAACACUCUGCAAAGCCUGCUGGGAAAUAUUUUUUCAUUUCAAUGAGAAUAAAACCACAUAUGCGAUGACAGGAUUGAUGUCGACAGCAGGAUAACAGCGUGUGGGUCAGUUCAUGAAAAUUAGGGGGUAUGUCCACUUACUGUUUUCACGCUGACAGUGACCUCGAUUUCAGAGCGCUUCUCACUGGAGCUUCUUGUUGCUAGGUUACCAAAGCACACCCGCCUCCCUAAAUAGUGAACUCUGUUUCGAAAUACUCAGUGUGCUUCAUGUUUCCUUUCUUCUGAUGGCGUUGCAAAGAGAAAACUCUAAAACAAUCAAGAGAAAUCAUGUGGCGUUUGCAGCAGCACAAGAAGAGCUCACCUUCCCUUCCUUGACAUGUGAAUACGGGGCAUGAAAAGGCGAGGCGGGCAGAGCAGCAGCGAAAACUCUCAGAUCAGACACAGCAAAUGAGGAGGAGCUGGGGUGGAGGUGGGUUGCAGAGGAGGCAGGAAGACACUCCUCCUAUUUUGAUGCUUUUAGCCGAUCAGUGGCUGUGCUUGACUUUAGGGAUGCACCGAUCCACUUUUUUCACCUCUGAUACCGAUACAGAUACCUACAGUUUAGUAUCGGCCAAUACCGAUCCAGUUCUGAUGCAGAAAAGCCACGUUGUUGUAACUGUUUGUAACUUUUGUAGCUUGUAGGUAUUAUGAUAAUGCUCAAGAUAGCAGACCCCUUUGCUUGCUCCACUUUGAAAACAAUUUGGGCGUCCACUCAGUGUGUUUACUUGUGGAUGCCACUCAAGGUGCAUAGCAUAGAGUUAAUAAUAAUAAUAAUAAUAAUAAUAAUAAUAAUAAUAAUUUUAUUUAUAUAGCACCUUUAAAAACAGAAGUUUACAAAGUGCUUAGACAACAUUUGUAAGCACAGAGCAUCAGCACAUUGAAAAUAAAAACACAUAAAAACAAAAGCUCAGUUAAAAACAGGCCUCUGAAUUGUAGGCCUGUUUCACUUUUCGUAAGAAACCCAGGCAAUACAAGAACCCUACAAAAUAAGUGGGACCAUGAGGACCAAAAUAAAAGCAAAAAAAAAAAAGAAAUAGAAAAGGAGGGAAGAAAACAGGCUAGUAAGUAUAAAAGAGGAUAUUAAUAAUAAUAAUAAAAUCAUAAUAAAAUAAAAUGAUGGUAAUAUAAAUGAUAAAGUGGAAUUAAAUAUAUAUAUAUAAAAUAAAGGAAAAUGAAAACAUUAAAAUCAAUAAAAAGAUUAUAAGUAAAACAAAGGCUAAAAAGGCAGUAAGUCUAAAUAAGAAAGAGGUGAAAGAGGUAAAAGAAAAAGGAGAAAAAUAAAAACGGUAAAAGACAAUAAAAGAUGAAAGAUGGCAUCACAUAAAGGCAAGUCUGUAAAAGUGAGUUUUUAAAAUUGACUUAAAAGAAGCGACUGUCUCUGCACGCCUUAUCUCCUCUGGCAGGUCGCUCCAAAGUCGAGGAGCUCUGAUGGAGAAAGCUCUAUCCCGUUAGACCGAAUAGAUCAGCCCCUAUGCAUCGGGCCCAUUGUCACGAUCCCCGAUCUAGAAUUUUCUUCAGUAUCAGGACCAAUACAAAUAUCAAAUAUCGGAUCGGUGCAUCCCGACUUGGCUUUCCUGGCCUGCCUGGACUAACACUACACUCAGAUUGGUUUGAACAUUGCUGCAGUCGAGGACAAGACCCCUAUAAGGCCCAGUGUGAAGUAUUUAGCAGAAUUCAGCAGAGACUGCCGUUCUGCACCACCAUGUUUUUACAGAAGCAGAAAAUGGACAUCUGGAAGAGCUCUUUUUGUACUCUGUGGGUAGCUGUUGGAAAUGCUCAAGAUGAAAAUGAGUGGAGGAUCAUACCUGUCCAUCACACCAGCUUCUUGUCCUUAAAGGUCAUCGGUGCUUCCGGAAUUUAACUGACUAGAGGGGUGAGCAAGGGAGUUUUUGAAUCUGGAGUCUUAGAGCUGGGUAUCAUUAAAUAUUCCAGUGUAGUUUUAAUAAAGAGUCACUAUACUCAAAUCCAAUCCUGUUCAAGCUUCCAUAUCUGCUGUAUCAACGGCUGACACCGUCUCCAAUCUUUCUGUCUCUGAGAAAGUUUACUAAGAGUCCACCCCGGUGUUCAGGGACAGACACCGUCUCAGCCGCCGCUCUCUGGACCUAUUUAUAGACCUGCGUCCUGAGUUGUUUUCUCACCGUCUGAGUCAGGUCAGAGUUCCCUUUUGUAUCAAGGUAACAAGGACACAACAACGCCCACACAGCUCACUGUAGAGAUGAUAAACUCCAGUAUCUGGGCUCGUCAGAGUGCAGCGCUUUAACCAUGACGAAUAAAAGACCUGUGAUGUGUUUACAUGAAUCUGUAGUCUCCUCUUUCUCUCUUGAACCUUCCUCAGGUGCUCAUUACCCAUCCACCCUCCCUCUGUGUCACAUUCGCUCGCAUUCGUCCCCAUCCAGGAAACUGCUAACAUCAUGUGACCACCGAGCUGAAUGUACAUGUUUUCCUGCGUGUCUCUAUUUGUCACGACUGUCAGGUUCAAUCAGCUGCUCCCUCUUUCUCUCUCUCUGUACAUCCUUUGUUCACCUCCUGUCUCUCUGCAUCCCUCUGGUACAAACUGUAUUUGCACCGGUCUAGUCCCACAUUUUCUCCCACUGCGUCAGAUUAAUCCACUCAGUAUGCUCAAGAUACCGGCCUCAAUUUUUCGCCUUAUUUAACUUUUCUGUUUGAUCUUUGAAUUCUGGUGCGGCUGGGAAAAACAGCAAGAGUAAGCUAGAUUUCAAAACCGUCCUGCGAUGUUUCUGCAUGGUUUGAAUAGAGAUUUUCUAAAGUUACUGAUCCGAUGGGAAUUCAGUGUCUCACUCACCAACCAGCGGGUACGAAAAUGCACCAAAAAACGGUCAAAUCUGAGCGAUCACUGCGUGUGCAGAUGUCAGAUUGGUUUGGCUAACACCAGCAGAGCAAGCAUCAACCAGAAUCUAUAGAUAGUUGAUACAUAAUGCAGAUGUUAGGUUGUCAAUCAAUACAAAUGAGAAACAGUAACGCUGAAUUUGAUGAAAAAUAAAAUAUUGAUUAAUAAAAUAUUGGCACAAGGGACUCGGAUUUCUGUUCAGCUGUCUUGAAGUAGUAAAAAAUUAAAAGAAUAAACAAGGUAAAUAUUAUUUCAUCAUGAUUAUUAAACUGCAUCAUUCUAUACAUCAUUGUUAUUAGAAUUUGUAUAAAACACUAGAUAGCCGUAAAUUUUGCUGUCAAAUGCGUUUUCAUUUGAAACGAUAAUGGCGAUAUCGGCAUUGUGAGGGCCGAUACUGAAAUGACCCUAAUUACGCCAAAAUACGAUUAAUCUGCCCAAUUAAUCUGUGAUUUUCUAUUAAUUUAUUUAUUUGAAGUAGAGUUCGGCAGUUAAUCAGAUUGUAAUAUCUUCAACGAUUUUGGCGUAGACCAAAUCAUUGUGCUGUCUACUGUCAAAUGUGUUUUCAUUUCAAACGAUAAUGGCGUUAUUAGCCUCGCGGGGUGCCGAUACUGAAAUGACGCCAAUUACGUCAAAAUGCGAUUUAUCGUCCCGAUUAAUCAGCUGACCAAUUAAUCAGUGAUUUUCUAUUUAUUUAUUUAUUUGAAGUAGAAAUUUGCAGGUAAUCAGAUUUUAAUUUUGUCUAUGAUUUUGGCAUAGACAAAGUCAUUGUACCGUCCACUGUCAAAUGCGUUUUCAUUUUGAACAAUAAUCGCAAUUUCGGCAUUGUGAGGGCCGAUACUGGAAUGACCCCAAUUACGUUCAAAUGCGAUUAUUCGGCCCGAUUAAUCAGUGUAUUUCUAUUUAUUUACUUAUUUGAAGUACAGCUCGGCAGUCUAUCAGAUUUUUAUUUUGUCUACGAUUUUGGCGCAGAUGAUAAUCGAGACUGAACAAUUAUUGUGCCGUCUAUGUUACAUCCCGUCUACGUUACAUCCUUUCUGUUGGAUGAAGCGGCCUUCUUCCUCGAUCAGCUCUCACUCUGACCUUUGACCUGAUCAUAAACUGCUCAGAUCAAUGCGAAACAAAACUGCGGCUCCGCUCAGACCAACAGUGGACCGCAGGAUUGUGUAACAUCUGUACGAACUCUGAGGCAGCCUGAGGCGGAGAGAGGAGCAGGAGGAGGUCUGAUGACUUUUUGGGUAACAAGAUUGAGACACUGUUUCAUAAUGAUAAAUACUCAACUCAACUCAACUCAACUUUAUUUGUUAAGCACUUUAAAACAACCACAGCUGUACAAAGUGCUGUACAUAACUAGACAAAACAACAAGAUAGAAAACAAUCAAAAAACAAUUAAAACAAUGGAUAAAAUAAAAGCAGAAUUAAAAGUAUAGUUUCAAUGCUUUUAAAAACUAAUUUAAAAACAUAGAAACAAAUAACUAAAAACAAACCAUAAAACACUAAAACAGGAGCCGAGUCUCAUGGAGGGUUAAAAGCCAAUGAAUAAAAAUGGGUUUUAAGACGACUUUUAAAAAUGGACAGUGUGGGGGCUUCUCUAAUUCGGAGGGGUAGCUCGUUUCAUAAAAUUGGGGCAGCAACAGAAAAAGAUCUAUCCCCUCUGAGCUUCCGUUUGGACCUCGGUACCUGCAGGAGCAGCUGAUCAGCUGACCUGAGGCACCGAGCAGGGGUGUAGGGGUGGAGAAGCUCAGAGAGGUAAGAUGGAGCCUGACCAUUUAAAGAUUUAAAAACAAAUAAAAGAAUCCAACAAGCCAAAUAAAUGACACUAUAUGAAAGUUUGAAAAGAAUGAAUGUGAACGGUGUAAAAAUACUUAAAUACAAGUGAAAUCUGACGUUUAAAUCAAGAUUUAGGUGCAAAAGUUCUCCAGUCCAUUCCCCCUUCUCACACUCCACACGCCUCCUCGGGGUCUUAUAUCUGUCAGGCUGUGUGACAGCUCAGAAGUAUCCUCCCAUCCAUCAAAUACAGAGAGGAGGAGGAUGAGAAAAGGGAGGCCAGGUGAGUCUGUCAGAAAACAUGGAAUCAGCCGCCGCAUCCGUCGGGCGCGAUACAUCAGCUGGAGUUUGAGGAGCGGCGUAGCGAGGGCUGUUUUUGAGGCACAGCUGGAGUCGUUCAACAAAUUAAGAGUGCCUCUUGGCUCCUAACUUGGAGUAAAUGAAAGUGGUUUUUAGCGAAUCGUUGAGCUGAGCGGAGGGAUGAGACCUGCUGAAAGAAGCACAAAGCGUUGAUCAUAAAUACAUCCUCAUCUGACUCCUCCCCUGUAGAUAUGUUAAAUGUACGUCUCUCUCAAGAGGACUUUGAGGCACUGUAAUACAAGGAAACAUGCACUCAGAGUAUUUCAUUGAGUUCCUUUUCCAUCCUUGCGUCCUCCGUCAUCUCCUUGUUUCCUUUCCUUUUCCUCCGUCUGUUCCCUCCUCGUAUCAUUCGUCUUUUCCCCCUCUGCUUUUAACCUCUCUCCUUGUCUCCCUGUGUGCUGGCUUUAGCUGAUUAAAGUGGCCCUGCUUGCUUUGAUUAAUUGGAUGAGCCUUGUGUCUAUGCCAGGCUUGACUCCUCUCCUCUCCUCCUCCUCCUCUUCCUCCUCCUCUUCCUCCUCAUCCAGAAGCGGCUAAAACAAACACAGGGCGUUUAAUAGCAGCUGUGCAUUGAGAGGAGGAAAUAACUAAACCUGUGGGUGUGUCGGCAAACAGUCACUCCAUUCAACCAGCAGAGCGCCGGAUAUGUUCCCAGUGUACCGUCUUUGAUUUAGCUCUCAUACAGCCGAGGAUCUUUUGUGCUUUCAUGACCCACAUUUAUAGAAACACACAUUAUUUUUAUGCUCUGUUACUGUCUGUAUUACAAAGAUGCACCUCAGGAAUAAUAAGGUGUCAGUUAAACCCAAUUUCUUUUAGAUUUUUGUCUCAUUAACCAGUUAAGGAGAAUAAUUAGUAUUUAAAUGUGCCAAAGCUGGAAAUUAUGACCCAAAAUAUUUCAUUACAUCCAUUCAAGACAAAGAAAAAAAAAACAUGAAAUAACACAUUAAAGAUACUGUAAGGAGUUUUUUGACAUCAUUGGAAUAGACUGAAAUUCAUAUAAAUGCUGUUUUAUGAUACACAAAAGCAAACAGGACCAUCAGUGUCAAAAUUAUUUUUUGUUAUAUCAUAAUAUUUAAUGCCUGAAACCGAUGUGAGGGGGUAGGUGUCAGCCAUGAAGCUGAAGAGACAGGCCUUAUAUUCACAAUAUUUGACUGUCAAAAGGCAGUAGGAUGAGAUGUUUGUCAGAAGACUUGGUUUAAAUAUGUAGACGCCAAGAGAAGCAGUGACUGUUUUGUCCACAGGGGGCGCCAAAAUUGACACAUACCAAAAGUUUCUCACAGGAGCUUUAAAAUCAAUGCAAUAUACACAAAACUAGUCUACUUACACCACCUUUUCCUCCGCUCUGCCUCUGUUGCCACCUUCAGGAAAAUCAGAGUCAGGUGACCUUGAACCACUAAAGAAACAUGAAGAUCCCCUUCCCAUUUUUCUUCCCCCUAUCUUUGCCUUUUUGCAUUUUUUUAGCUGAAUUCCACCUCAAAAGCUUGUCUCUGAAAGGUCGUCUGCAUCCUCCACAGACCCCCUGAGGGUCUUUGUCUUUUUCCUUUUUGUAGCCCUUCUCUCAUCUCUCUCUCUCUAUCCUUGUCUUCAUUCGAUCUCUUUUUCCCCGAGCCAAGCUGAAGCAACACACACACACACACGUACCCAAAAAGACACGCAAAACCCCGCUGCAGCACAGCCAAGUGAAAGGCUGGCUGGAAAAGUCAAAUGCUCUGUUAUUUCAUCCCGCCUAAUACAAUCUCUGGAGAUGAAGUGCCAACCGGAGAGCCCCCCACGGGCUCUCUCAGAAACUCAGGCAAUCACACAAACAAACCGCUCUGGAGUUUCCCCCCUGUUCCGUCUUCUUCCAUUAUGAUUUUAUCAGCGGGCAGAGAGCCACACUGACUCUGUGUUUGUCCGUGCACGGGUCCGCACUCGUGUGUUUGUGCUUGUUUUGCCCUGCCUGUUUGAUAAUGCUAACCAGGGAUGAUGGCCUGUACGCGAUGUGGAAGAACAAGCAGGCACAAUAACUCAAUAACAACUCGAGGCCUCAUUCGGUGAAAUCACUGCAUGAUGGAUGACUCUGGUUCUGCUGUGUUGAGACUACAAACUGGAUUCCUCGUCCUUGUGAUCACUGGAGCCUAACACUUUCUUUGUUGGUGAUUAUGUCCUGCAUAUUGUUACGCUUGGGUGAGGGAGUCAGGGUUUAUCAUAUUAAUGUUUGUGCUCGAGCUUAUUAGAGUCCCAUAAUACAGAAAUAACAUAUAACAAUCAUGUUUGAGCCUCUUAGAAGAAACCCCAUGCUGAAAUACCUGACUCUGAGAAUUGUGGUAUUUUUAUUAAAAAGAAAAUGGAAAAUGUGAUUAAUCGCAGAAUUUCCCAGUUAAUCGCGAUCAAUCGCAUUUUGUAAUCGCAUAUCUAAAAUCCAUCAUUACUUGAAGUUUAGUGUUAAAUAUUUUUUCCUGUGUCCAGAUUUGGGAAUCAAAUAAUUGCAAUGAAAAGUUUAUGUACAUUUCAUCGCCACAGUCAAUCAGUCGAUCAAUCAAUCAGUCUAUUUGUAUAUAGCACAUUUCAUACACGACCAUUCAGCACAAAGUGAAAACACCAACCUACCCCAGCCCAAACCCUUAUUCCCACCCCACAAUCUAAACACAACAGAAACAGGAUUAAAACUAGAAAAGCACUCAGAGAGCGCAGACCUCCGCCAAGCAGCUCAUGUCCCCCCUUAUAUUGUGAUUCACACCAAAACUUUUACUGUUACGUGUCUUUUAUUAACUUUUAUUUGGGUUCAAACUGGUAUGUUCACUGUUCAUAAUGUUCCUAAAACAAGAAAUGCCCUGACCCGGAUUGGAACCCAGGACCCUAAUAAGACUAAUAAUGUGUCUAACCCUUCUUGCUGUUAGGUGACAGUGCUAACCACUACACAUUGUGCCGCCCAUUGGUUAUCUUUCAGCAUUGAAAAAGACCCUGACCAUUUUUAUAGAGUUAAAUGCAAAAAUUCCAAAAUGUGCCCUAUCUCACAAUGAUAAAGAAUCCUUCAAAAAAUUCCUGGAUCCAGAAGACGAUCCGGAUCACCACCAAAAUGUAAUGGGAUCCUCCUGGGGCUGAGACGCACCUCUGGUGAAAAUUUUAGGUCAAUCCGUCUGUAACUUUCUCCGUAAAGUUGUUCACAGACAAACAAACAAACAAACAAACAAACAAACAAACAAACGCUACCAAAAACAUAACCUCCUUGGCUGAGGUAAUGAAAGAACUUAAAAGAGGGCUGAAUUUUGUGAAAACAGGAAUGUGCGCACUGAGGAAACGUCAUUUUGAAACUCAAGAUAAGGAAACACUGGAGGUUUUGGUCAAAAUCUAAAAACAAAGAAACAAAGAAUAAAAUUUAAGAAAUAAUAAAUAAAAUGAAAUAAAAACAACAGUAAAAGAGACAAAAACAAGAGCACCAAAAUAGCUCAAUAAAAGACGAUCCUGUCAUUAAAACUAGAAGAGAUAAAUGCUAAAACACGUCAACAAAGUUAAUGAUAUAAAAUUUAGUUAAAAGCAAAACUAAAAAGGUACGUUUUAAGUUUUUUUUUUAAAUCAUGGCCAAUGCAGUGAUGUCCGGUGAUUCCUGGUUAAUGCCGCAGAAAUGACACUUUUCAGGGGUUUAAAUUUGGUUGUUUUCUUUGUUUCCUUCAGGUCUUCUAAGUUGUUUGUGUCUUAACAUGCUACCCGGGGAUAACCCUUAAACCUCGGCCUUUCACUGUGCUGACCGGUUAGCAGACAGUUGCAGGGUGGAAGCGCAAACUCAAAGCUCUCUUGCAAUAAUAUAAUCAGUGCAUGGUGGUGGAGUGACCUUCACAGGACCUUCAACCGCAACCUCCACCCAUUAUAGAUAGAUUUCGAUUCACUUUCCCAUCCUUCCUGUUCCCGUCUUUCUCACCCUCGCUGAUUCACGCCGUUGAAGCAGCCGUAGCAGGUCCCAGCGGAGGGUGUGGUUAGAUAAAGCUAACAUUGAGCUCCCUUAUCUUCAUUUUUCAUUUGUUCUGAAAUAACUCAUUAAUCACGGCGAUGCGGCGGCGGGGGCGAGUGAGUGAGUAGGAGGCUGGUAAGCCGAGGAGAGGGCAGACUGGAGAGCGACUCAGUCUGUCAGGAACGGCCUUGUGUAAUGAAGGCUAAUGGAUUGGGGGGCACAGACAUACCUGAAGAGAAAUGAAGAGCAGUGGGGAAGCUCUCUUCUCCUCUGUGUGAUUUGUGUACGGAGAGGGUGUGUAUGUGUGUAUCAUGUUGGAUUGUUUGGUAACUGUUUCAAUGGUUCGUCUCUUCUGUCUCUGUGUCUCCUCCAGGCUGUGAGCCCGGUGCAGGGUGGUGAUGAGCACUCAGGGCAGCAGCAGCAGCAGCAGCAGGGGAAGUGGCCAGCAUGCCGACACCGCUCCCCCUCGUCACGCCACCGGACCCAAGCUGCAGGUGCAGCGCUCCCUCUCCCGAGACACCAUCACCAUCCACUUCUCUGCUCUGGGGAAAGAAGAAGAUGACGAGGAAGAGGAGCUCUACGGAGUUCCUCUUGGAUCGGAUGAAGCUAAACCUGGGCCUGAGGGUGCAGGGGGGACUCAGGGUUUGGAUGCUUCAGGGGUGGAGGAUCAGUUAGUCUCCACAGGGUUGGAGGCAAAAGAGGAGCUGCUGUUUGAGCCUGUUGAUGUGGAGACCUCCUCGGGGGCUGCUGUGCUCCCUGUUUCAUCCACCACCCUGUCUUCUCAGUCCUCAGACCCUCCAUCACACGCGCCCUCUCCAGCCGUGACUAUCAUCCCCGCUUCUACCCACUCCCAUCUGGACUCCAACCCUCCUGCCAGCUCCUCCUGGCCCUCCAAUCAACCCUCAGCCACUCCUCCUUCCACCAGCUCCAGCUCUUCCUCCCCUUGCAAGUCGGCAGCACUGUCGUCCUCCAAACCGUUCCUCAGCUUGGUCAGGUCUUUAUCGAAUGACGUGGAGACUCGAGAAACCACUCCUGCACCUUCUGCACAUGCACCGUCCCACACAAGGCACCGUCACUUAAUGAAAUCUUUCGUGAAGUCCCUCUCCACGGACACUUCGAAAUCCGAGCAUCAGGAUGGACCUCUGCUUCACUAUCUUCAUCAACCUCCUCAUCAGCAACAGCAAGUCCAGCAAUCCCAGCGGGCGCCACCUCGUAACAUGCAGCUCUUCAAACAGUUCUCACAGCCUCGCCUGUCCUCCUGCCCCGUCGUUGUCACUCAAGCCGGUGGCGACUCCAAAACAGCCCCUUCUUCCCCGAUCAUGUCCCCAGACGGGAGGUCUUUCUUCAAGGUCCAAGAGGUGGAGGCCAGGAUCGAGGAUACAAGGCGGCGGCUGUCAGAGGUGAUGUCAGACCCCCUGCAGCUUUUCAGUAAGAUCAUGGGGGAUGAGUCUGGCGUGGGAGCUGCCGGAAGCGCCACUCAUCGUGCUAAAUCGCUGUCCUCCAGUGCGUCAGAGCUCAGUGGAGUGACGGCGGUAAACGGACACGCUGAAGGUAACAACAACUACAGCAUCAAGGAGGAGGAAGGUGCAGAAGGCGAAGAAGACGAGGAGGAAACCCCCACAGGAAAGGGCCCCGACUCUGUUUUCUUCUCUUUCCCGUCCCUGGCGCCUCCUCCAGCUCUCACCCAGACCUCCUCAUCCGCUUUCCCCAAAUCUCCGUCUUUCACUCUGGGUCGCUGCUCCAUGUCCGCCCUGGUAGCUAAACAAGAAGACGAGGACUUUUGUGAACUGUACAGCGAAGACUUUGACAUAUGUACCGACACGGAAACACCCGACGGGGAUCACCCUGGAUCUCGGCAACCCCACACCGGCAGCACUGGGCUUUGUAGUGAACUUGACACGGAGGAGGAGGAGAGAUUUGAGGACGAGUUGAACUCCGUGCCUGUGACCAGUCUCAUCUUCUUGGCACAGUUGGUGUACUGGUAUCUCAUCCUCCCAGUGCCUCCGUAUGUUUGCGCGGUGGUGCACGGGAUACUGGCGGGAUUCAUGAUAGUUUUGCUGAUCCUUUGGUUGUCCUCGUCUCGACGCUCCUCGAGGAGAUGGAGGCGGAGGAUCGAGCAGUGGAAUGUGUCCCAACUGGACAUUAAGGAACCAGGAAUCUUCAAGGUAGGAAGUGAUGGAUCGUAGUUAGACUCUAGAUGUUUGCAUGUUUUUGCAGGAGUAAAGGUCUAAUUUAAAACCUGUUUUAUAUUUAUGCGUACCAUUGGAAGCAUUAAUGUAGGACCACUCGUAUCUGUCUGCACCAUUCCUCGAAGGAGAGCCACGGAAUAAAAGAUUUCUGUGUUUGUUCCAGAGGUGUAAACUCGACUGUGGCAGGUUGAGAUUGUUGGUUUCAUAUCUUCAGUCUAUAUUUUCUUCUAACUCCAGCCAAGCUCUGAAAUUUCCCCUGUUGUUCAGAGUGAAUUGGUUUUUCUCUUAGGUCCUCCUUUGGGACUAAUAAAGUGGGAGUUUGGAUGAGAAUUAAGCUCUGCGGCCUCGUGGGGACCCGCGGAAACAUAUUAAGGUUGUAUCAGAGUUACAGUUUAGCUUUGCCACCACGUCUGCCCUCGGUUUUUUAGUUAACCUCAGUCGACGCUUCUGCUAAAGAAGAGAUGUUGAGCAGUUUGAGGGAGUUACGUAAGCUUGUGUUCUCGUAUGUGUGUGUGUGUGUGCUUCAGUGGGUCCCAAGCUGUUGCACAGGAGAGCCUCGUGGCUGGAAGGCAUAGUCGUUCCAGAAGAAGAGCAAAGCAUGCUACACACGUAUUAACAAUAUGAACAAGUGCAGGGCAGCAGCCGUUCAUGGGGUAAAACUUCCCUUUUUCUUUUUAUCUUAAUGUUGCUUAGAGGAUUAAGGAAGAGCAAGUGUUUCAGAUGCUGUCAGAGUCCAAACUUUAUAUGAAAUAUACCAAUUAUUGAUUUGCUUAUGCUGGCAAAAUGUAUCCUAAUCUUAAUCAGCAGGGGGCAGUAAAUUAUAGUAUCCUACAGAUUUAAUAUGAGGGAUAAUGUGCAAUGAGGUGUCCGCUUACUGGGUGUUGGAGGAUGGUGUCCUUUGCAGAGUCCAUUAAUUCCUGAUAAUUCGACACCUUUAAGGUCAUUAACCUGCUGAUACUACGAUCACGUCAAUAAAUUUAUAUCUUUGUGUUUUUAGGUCAAAUUGUUAAAUUUCUGAGCUUGACUGAUAACUGGAAUAAUCAUUACAACCCUAUAAGGUUGUUAUGCAAUGAAAAUGUUGAUCGGUUCUCGAGUAAAUAGGACGAGCCAUAGAUACGACGUAGCAACAGGUAAUAAACAAACGAGGUGAGCAUUAAAGACUAAUAAUGUGUCUGAAUAGACAUGUCUGUUUUAGCUGUGAAAAUGACAGUUAAACAUGGAUGUUAAUGGGCUUUCCUUGGCGUUUGGGACCAGCCUCUAGUGGACACUUGAGGAACUGCAUUUUUUUGUCAAAGAAGGUUGUCAGAGAAUCUUUUUUUGAAAAUCCAUCAUCACUGCAGUCAUUUAGUAAUUCUUGAUUUGGAAAAAGUUAUCCAAACAUUAUCACCUCACAAUAUCAUCACUGUAACACUCUCUAUUCUCUACAUAAAUCUCUGUGAUCAAAUGGGAUUUAGAAAAAUUGGGAUUUCCUGCCUGAGGAUGUCAGAUUAGCUAAAUCGUUUAAAUCUCGUUUACUGAAACGCUUCCUCUUGACUGGUGUGAUUUCAUGUUUUUAUCUGUGUAUUACUUCAUCAUGGUUGUUUCACCUCGCGGUAUAACUGUCUUCUACCUGCUGUAUCUUUUUUAUCGCUUGUGUUUUAAUGUCUGCCGAUGUAAAAGGUGCUUUGUAAAUCAGUUUUUUAUGAUUAUCAUAAAACACUGAAACACCUGACGGUUAGUUCUGUUUUAUUCUGUUUACACUUACCGUCAAAUUCAAGAAUCAUUUCUCCCCAGGCAGAAAUCCUUUUCAUAUAACGGAUGUGUUUCUCUGCUGUGUGAUUAACUCGUCCCCUUCACUCCCUCAGGGCUGGAUGAACGAGAUCCACAGUUACGACCCAGAGACCUACCACGCCACCCUGACCCACUCUGUUUACGUCCGUCUGGAAGGCUCCGUCCUGCGCCUGUCCAAGCCUAACAGGAACAUCUCCCGCCGUGCCACACACAACGAGCCUAAACCUGACGUCACCUACAUCAGCCAGAAGAUCUACGACCUCACCGACAGCAAGGUGCGCCGACAUUUUCCAUGUUUCUUCUCUUUGUAAAACAGACGGGUUACAGUAACAUGUGGAGUGUGUUGGUCUCAGCUGACUCCCCAGUCCAUUUAAGCUUAAGAGAGAGUGACAUCAAGCACACGUCUCCUCAUAUUUCCUUUUGCCUGAGUGCAUGUUUGCUAAUAGGUCAUGUUCAGUGACAGAGCCACUUAGAGUCACAAACUGUGUGUAAACACUGAGGGAAUAUCUCAGGUCACUGACCCUGCACUGGUUUGACUUAUUUGUGUGCUGACUCGAUGCUUUUGAAGGCCAGACAGUAAGGAGACAUUUGUCGUGUCAGUUUAUCGUGGAGCCAAAAGGUCAUCACGGUCAUCGCCAUCAUGCAACUCUGCAACUCUGAAACGAAACAGCUCUGCAGGGUCGCUCUGGUAGAGAUACUCAGUGUUAUAUGUCUGUUUUUAAAUGUACAGAGUCUGAAUUUAUGGAAGCUGUUCAUGCGUAAUGAUGUCCUCAAACAAACUGAUACUCCGCAGUCUCAAAGCUGAUAUUUAUCUAUAAAUGGAUCUCCAUGAAAAACACUUAAAUGCUAAUAUGUAGAUAAUGUUGAAGCUUUGGUGAGGAUGGUAAUAAAAACAAGCUGAAAUUAAAACUGAUGCUUAUGGGACGAGCUAUCUACAGCUGCCUCUGUGUUGAUGUCACAUGAAACAAUCAGAAACAGCCUGUUUGUAACAUGUGCUAUAUGAUGUUGGUUCACCACAGAAGUGUAAGUCACGUUUCACCAAACAGACACAAAACAGUGACUCAGGUAUGACUGGACUGGUUUAAAUGAUGAAUUCACACCAAGAAGAGACGGCCCCUCAGAUUCUAUUGCCUGUGAUGUUUCCAUGGCAACUAAUCAGGUUCAAUUCAUGGUCAAAAUUAACUUUAGCCUAAUCAUUUUUAUUUUUAAAGAUUAAUUUUGGGGAUUUUUGCCUUAAAUUAGAGAGAAAGCAGCCACAGACCUCCAUUUAUGGGGCGCACAUGUAGACCACGAGGCCAGCAGCACCCCUGAAAACUAACUCAACAACUCUGCUGCCAUUACCUGGAUAACAGGACAGGAUGGUUCUCCAAUUUCCCGACUCUUGAGACCAGACCAGUCUGGGAUGAAAACUAACUUUUCUAUCAGAAAGACUUCACAUAAUCUUUACAUGCAGUAUUUAUAUUUGGUGGUUUAACUGUGUUCUCAGAGCUCCCUGGCCUACCAGGGCCUACCUGGCCAAGUCGAGGAGCUCUGAUGGAGAAAGCUCUGUCACCUUUAAUUUUGAGCCUCGACUUUGGAACGACCAGAAGACCUUCGCCUUAGUGCAAAAACCUGCAGCGGGAAGAGCACACCUCCCCUUUUGUUUCAAUGUUUGCCACAGUGUCAACAAGUGGACAAAUGAAAUAUGCUGGAUUUGUUUUUUCUGCAGGUUAAUUUGAUGUUAUAUGUGCUCACGUCGUCUAUAACACUAACUGUUUGACGGUCCUGUACAGGUCUCAAAACUUUCAUGUUUUUGUGUUUGUCCUUGUUUUACUUUGGGCACUCUGUCACCCCAGUGAGCACUCCUAACUUUCCUAGUUUUAAUGUGUUUCAUCUUUUAAACUCGGUCUACAUGUUCCCGCAGAUCCAGCUGGUGCCUCAAAGCUUGGCCAGAAAGAGAGUCUGGAACAAGAAGUACCCGAUUUGCAUCGAGCUAGCCAAGCAGGAGGACUUCAUGUCCAAAGCCCAGGGAGAGAAGCCUGAAGCUGGGGAGGACAAAUUGCCUGGGCUUAGUGAGAAGCCAGAACGAACAGACAAAUGUGAGAAAGCUGAAAAGGAAGUACCGGGAUCUUCGGAGGAGCCCAAGAGGCCGGCCUCGGGUGGCGGAGAUUUGACAAUCUACCUGUUUGGAAGGACCGGUCGGGAAAAGGAGGAGUGGUUUCGGAGAUUUCUCGUGGCAUCCCGAGGGAAGUCCGAAGGGAGGAGCGGCAGUCUGCCUGGCAUCUGCAAGAGUGGUGAGUCUGAACCGUCACAAACCAAGGUGCAAACCGCCACGCUCAGUCAAACGGUUCAUCUGUUCCUGUCACAGACGCCGUCGCGUACUGUAUUUACUCGCAUCACACCCUGCAGUCACAGCAGCCGGUCUCUGGAGUAUGUUACAGCACAGCAAUCAGAUCCGUGUAUAAGCUCCAGCUUAGAGACUGCCAAUCCCCUCAACUGAGCUAACAGAUGAGUGUGAAUAGGUCAGCAGGAUUACAUGCACAAAGAAGCAGCAUAUUAUAGCAUCGGUCUCCACUGUGUGAUAUAAGCCUGCAAGGAUGAGGCCCAAUUCAGAGACACACACACACUACCACUGUAAAGGUUCAAUUAUAACAACAGUGUGAGGAGAACAGGAUUACCGGAAAGAUGAUUUAAAUAUGUUUUUGUGGAUCUGCAGAAAAUGACGAUUCCAGCGCUAUUUUGAGUCGGUGGGAGGAUCGUGUGCAAAGCAGAAAAAACGAGUAGGAUGCAUUGACUUUGCAUUUGGUGCAUUCAUCCACCCCAUGACCCCCUUCUUCUACCUCUCCCCCCCUCCGCUUUCAGCCUUCUUGCCCUCCCACAGCCGCAGCAGCAGCACCCAGUCAGGUGGCGGUCUGGAGGCCGACAGUAGAAGCAGCAGCAGAGGAAGCAUGGAGGAGCUGUCCCAGCCGCGCCUGUCCUGCACCGCCACCGGGGGGAUGAAGCAGAAGAUGCUGCUGGACUACAACAUCUACAUGGCCAAAUAUGUCAACCCCCAAGCACCACCAAGGAGUCCAAGUGCCACUGACAGUCCUGGGAACAGCCCCGAGAGCAGCCCCAAAACGACCAAAAAGGUAGGUGGAAGAUCUGAGCAGAAGAAAAGACCACCGUUAAGUCUGGAGGAAUCACACCCCUGCUGUACGUGUCCUCCGCAGAUUCGCAGGAGUUCAGAGGAGACCGUGGAGCCCGAGGCCUGGGUCAACGCUUUUCUGGGAAGAAUAUUCUGGGACUUCCUGGGAGAGAAGUACUGGGCUAAUGUAGUCUCCAAAAAGAUCCAAAUGAAGCUCAGCAAGAUCAGAGUGAGUCGUCGGCAUCACUUUUCUCACUUUACAUGUAAUUAGUCAGAUUUGAUGGUGUGGCUCAUGGCCCAAACCCGGGCAGGGAGAGCAGCAGCAAAGACUCGGGGGUCCAGAACAGUGUCUCUGGUCACUGUGUCACAUGAAGCAUGAACUAUCUUCUGUCUUUCAGCUGCCAUAUGUGAUGAACGAGUUAACUCUGACCGAGCUCGACAUGGGCUUUUCUAUUCCAAAGAUCCUCCAUGCCUCUAAACCCUCCGUGGACCACCAAGGUAAGAACAUAAGCCUACCUCGAGGCGCAAAGCUUUCCUCACUCUGCUCCGCGUAAUCUGAAACAAUAGCGGUUUAUUAAUUUAGUUCUGUUGGUCUGCUUUCCCCUCGGUUAUUCAUUAAAUUACUUUUUUAUCAGUUCCUCUGGUUUAAUCUGCUUUAUUUUCCCUUUAAAUUUUUCCAUCUUACCUCUGCAUGAAGACAUUUCCUCAGACCUUUCCUCCUUCCUUCUUUCCUUCUAAUUAAACUUCACGUUGAGGGUUCUCCUCAUCCAUUCCUGUGACUCGCCGGUGAUGCGUAGAAACAAUACUGACGUACGGGGCUAAAAAUAAGAAAAAGGGAAAACUUGAGAGGGGAAGGAGGUAGUUUUCAAACAGUGGUGGAGCUUUGAAGCAGAAAGAAGAGCAGAGGAUGAGCUGCUUCUGUCCUUAUUUCUAAAUAUUCAGGGUUCGUCCAAAGACAGCGUGAGGAUAUUGGAGCCUUGACGAGGUAAAACCUAUUCUUACUGGGUUUAAAAGAGCCAGUCAUGAGUCAUUCUCCUGUCAGCCACGUUUCCACGAGAGGCUGCAGUGCUCAUUAAUGUGUUCUGUCUGAACCUACACGCCCACAGAAAUAUACUCACAAAGCAUAAUCAGCGGAGCCCGGCACGUAAUUAGUCCUGAGGGAACAGCGCGUCGAGAGGCGCCGCGUCGUCAGCCUGCACAAACACAAUAGGAUGCAAUCGUUUUCGUUCGUAACAUACCUGAUUUCACGUCUUCGAGGUGGUGACGGUGCGUCCUGACUGUUUAAUGUUCGGGAAACGUGACUUGGGUUUCAAUUUGUAUGAAGCAAACGGACUUGGAGAUUCACAGAAGUUUGCAGGGUUGUGCUCAGAAUUAUGAUUUUAUUUAUCAUGUACACACACAUACAGUAAAGAUGUGCUUUUUUACUUAGAUUGGCAAAAAGCUGUAGAGGUUUGUUCGUUUGUUUUUUACUGCUCAACAUGAAAAUGAAGCCACACACGAGUCUUUUAAUCAUCCUGAUGCAUCCCUGUAUGAGUGUUUCAGACAUGCCAGGCCCUCCAGACUGUCCUCCCACCCUUUGUGUCUUCCUCUAGACAGGGACAAUAAGGAGAUGUCUCACUCGUUUUGGCUCAUUUAGCUUCUAUUUGUCUCUGCAGCCACACACAGACGAAUCAAUGAGCAUUAACAGAGACAGAAAAUUGAAGAGAAGGCAUCGCUUAUUAGCAAAAACAGCAGGCGACACAAAAUCCUCUCUAUGCGGUGAGAUGUUUUAUUGGUAAACAGAGGUAACCUGUUGAGGUCAAGCCCAUAAGGAGGCGCUGUCGGCCCUGCUCUGACCUUUUCGGUGUUUGCUUGAGGGUGGGACUCCUUCCUGGCAGCUCUGCAGGGGAACCACACAGCAAUUAGACACCAGGCAGGAGGUUAUGUUUAUUCACACAAAGUAGAAAAGUUUCGACUGAUUAGAACAAAAUGUUUCUGCUUCUUUUCCUCGCUCUCUGUCCAGGUCUGUGGUUCGAUCUGGAGGUUUCCUACACGGGCUCCUUCCUCAUGACGCUGGAGACCAAGCUGAACCUGGCCCGUCUGGGGAAGGAGGGCGAGGGGCUCGGGGAGCACGGGAAAGAGUGGUGAGGAUAAAUACAGUCCAACAUGUCUUUGCAAACAAAUUAUAUCAGCGCAAAAGUCUGUGAGUGGACAGUUAUGACCAGAUACUACAAAGUGAAAUGAUGCUUGUGGUCAGACUCAGUGCUCUGUGAUCGACAGCGUCCGACAAAUGCAGUGAGUGAGCGAAUUUCUAAUCAAGAACGAGCGAAAAGGUGUCAGCAGCAGGUCAGAGAAGAAACAGAUUUAAUUAUGAGGAAGAAACUCUGUUUUUGCAGAGUUUUGGGUCCAAAAGACAGACUCUGCAAGAAAGAACUGCUGGUACUUACUAUCAAGAGGAAAACAACAUGGCUUUGAUUAUGUUAGCAUUUAGCACUAGUCUGGGGUGGGACAUGUGCAACUGAAUAGCAUCAAACUGGCUGCAAACAGCUUAGAACUGAGGCAACAGUGCCCAAACAACAAUAAACAAUAGAAUCAUCUGCAUAGAGAUGUGAAGUUGCAUGUAAAUGUUGACCCACAUUGACUUAUUUAGACCCGUAAACAGGGAAGAAGGAGACACGGGAGUCACGGGAAGAAAAGGAAGAAUAAGGGUAAUGUCUCAAAACUAGCCACCACUGCAACCCAUCAACGAAAACAUUAAGACUGGGUGAGUCUGGGGAGGCAGCAGGAGGAAUUUGGUAUUCUUGUACAGCUUCAGUUUAUCUGCACUACACACACCUGUUUUCUCCAAUAGUUAAGACUGAUCAUCCAUCCGCUCAGCCAGUCUGAUCCAGUCCGUCAAUGUUAGCUUAUUCAACACUCAUAAAGUGACUCACAUAUCCAGAGAGACCUGUGUUAUCUCUGCAGUUUACUGGUUAAUAUUUCCAGAAGAUUGUUUUGCCUUCAGCAGCAUUAAAAGGUCCUGUAGUGAAGAGAAUGGGUCCUAGGACUGAACCUUGUGGAACACCUUAAGUGAGAAAGAGUCAAGGAGGUGUUUCUGCCAAAUGAGCUUUGAGUUUAUUUGUGUUUUUUUUUGUAUUUUGAACCAUUUUCUUUGUCUGUUUGUUCACCACUCCUCCCUUUUGUCUCCUGUUGGCUCCUCCUCCCUUCUCUUCAUACACCGCCCGUCUCUCUGGAUGCUCGCUGAUGAUGAUUCGCUGAAUGACCGGUAAGUUUGGGGAUAGAUACCUGAGUGAAUCAUUGGAGAUUAACUUCAUAUAAAUUACAUCAGUGGAAAUGAUUUGGAUUAGAAUUGCUUGAGUAAGUUGGACCUGUAUAUGGUCACGCGUUUAUCUGCAAUAACUCGUGUUAAUGUGGUCGUGUUACAGGCCCAGGCCGCGGACAUACUGCCUGGCAGACAGCGAUGAGGAAUCGUCGAGUGCUGGCUCGUCGGAUGAGGAGGAUCCUCCUGAACUCCUGAGUGACAAAGCUGUUCUUCCUGGAGGUGAAGGGUGAGCAAAUGCCUCCAUGAAAACAACAUCAUCACGUUUCUUAAUUGAAAAAGGGACGACACAGAUUGUGUGUCAGAGCAGAACGUUCUGCCCUUUCUGUCGACCCACCCGCCCACUCACACCCACAUGUUUGAGAGCUCACUGCUGCUCCAGUGUUGCAUUCAGUCACUCCCCUCGGCUGUGGGUGCUGAGUAGCAAGAGAUGCCGUUAUGAAUAAAUGAUGAACCUGACUCACUCCUCGCCUCACCUCCCCUCCUCUUCCUCCGUUUCCAUCCUCUGCUCACGCAGCUAUGUGGGAGGCCACAGACCCAGCAAGAUCAUGCGCUUCGUGGACAAGAUAGCCAAGUCGAAGUACUUCCAGAAAGCCACAGAGACGGAGUUCAUCAAGAAGAAGAUGGAGGAGGUGUCAAACACGCCCCUGCUGCUCACAGUGGAGGUGCAAGAGUGCCGCGGGACGCUGGCUGUCAACAUCCCACCUCCCCCCACGGACAGGAUAUGGUAAGUUCACUUCCAGGGAGGAGUGCAUGUAGGGCUGGAGGAUGAAGUGGCAUUGAGGUCGGGGUUAGAUGUAACCCAGCGCCCUCUGCUGGGCAAAUCUGGACAAUGCAAAAGAAUGAAACUCCAAAUGUGUAACCACCAGUAAACUGAAUAUAUUCAAUAAUAAUUGGACGGAAAGAUGUUGCAAUAUAUCUACAAUAAAUCUAUAAGUGCAAACUGUGAGCUUUAUAAACUUCACCUUUUCUGACCUGUGAGACUGAAUGACUAAAAAAGGGCGAAAAAAAUAUCAGAGGGUUUAAAAAUUAUGACAAUAAAUGAUCAUUUACACUGUUUUUCCAUCAUAAAGAUGGAACAAUGACGAGCUCAUAAUACAUAACUGGUUUUUAAAUACUCUGGUAGUUUCUAACUCCUGUCCCUAGUCAUGUUUUUGGUUUAUUAAACUAAAGGAAAGGAUAAAGAUGACAUAAAAUAAAAAAUGCAAAAAAAAUCGAACAGCUGAACAGAAUUCACGUUUGGUCCCCUUGGUGUCCAGGUAUGGUUUCCGGAGUCCGCCUCACCUCGAGCUAAAAGCACGGCCUAAACUCGGAGAGAGAGAGGUCACUCUAGUUCAUGUGACCGAGUGGAUUGAGAAGAAGCUGGACCAGGAGUUUCAGGUAUGAGCAAACGUUCAGUCCUAAAGAUGUUUUCUUUACAUCAUGUUUGAAAUGAGUUUACUCAAGGACAAAGAGAGAGUCCCCCCCCCCCCUCCAACCCUGAUGUUUGAGGACAAGAAUCCGAGUCAUAAAAGAGGACUCAUUUAUGGCUGCCCACCUCCACACACUUCAAAGCGGUGUGCCUGUGGCUUUCCCACCCCUCAUAUAUUCAUCCACAGUAAUGAUACUCCUGCUGCCAGAUAAGCACCCUGAGGCUCACCUGAAAACUACAGUGUCCCUGUCAGGUCUACCACACAUCAUCAUUUAUCCCUGCCGGCCUCUGCUGGGGUUAUUAUUAUGUGUGUCCCACCUCAGUCCUACCCCCUAGUUAAGUACAGUGCUGCAGUGCAAUAUGUUGUCAUUUGUGAGAUAGUGUAUGCAUCUGGCCUCCAACAAUGAGCCUCAGUGGUUUGCAGACUUAACAGUGCAGGGUUUCAGGCACACAUGGUGAUGUGUUUGGGGUUUCUUUCUCAUAAACAGGUUUUAUUUCGUACCUCUGACCUUGUUUGGUAUCUGUUUUUGUGACAUGAGUGUAAUAAACAGAAGUUUCUGUUUCAUUCCCUUAAAGGGAUAUUCCAGCGUAAAAUUAUUUUAGGGUCAAACACACCAUAACAGAGAGUCAGACACCCCCUAGAGAGAUGAAUAUUGCUAACCGCUUGCUUCUCUAGUUAUACCAAAUUUAGUAACGACCAUAGCAAGCAAUACAGAGAGCCACACGGUCGACCAAAACGCCACUCUAUAGCCACAAAUAAUGCUCAGAACAGCACCUAACUUCAUCAACAGGACAUAUAGGGUCCUAGCCACCAAACAUCUUUUUAGCUUUGCCUAAUUUCUUUAGCAAAGAGACUAAACACAACUCACCUACUCUCUUCCAGCAGCUGCUUGUUGGUAUAACUAGAGAAGCCAUGUGUUUGACCCUAAAAUUAAUUUUACGCCAGAAUAUCCCUUUAAAUUUCAUUUUCUUCUCACUCUUUUAUCGUUAUGAGAAAGAUGACUGUCCCUGCUGUGCUUUUCCUCCCACAGAAAAUAUUUGUGAUGCCAAACAUGGAUGAUGUCUGGCUACCCAUAAUGCACUCUGCCAUGGACACGCGUUCAAACGCCAAUUUGGUUACUGUGACAAAUGAUGCCUUGAAGGACCCAGAACCCAAGGACUCUGAGGUCUCGGACAUGUAAUGACGGAUAUUUUCCCACCGUGGCAAUAGGACCGACUCUUCAAUAUGAAUGCACCAGCCUGUUGGCGAAUCGUGAAGUGCGUAGACAAACCCGGAGACGUCGACGACUUCGUUCAUUUGUGGAAAACAGAAGAGAAGUGUGACUCAUUGAUUGUCAUCCAAUCACACAGGUUUCUCCGUGUGGCGUCAAAUAUUUUGUUGUGUUUUCCAGUGAGAUCCAACACACGGGGCAUGUUGAGCGUUAAACACAUGUGCGCGUUGGUGGAUUGACUAAUAGCCAUCAGAUUUAGCUAAAAGAACCAGAAUACCUGUGAUGUACAGCUGCACCAAACAUCGAGGUGUCAACUUUUUGUGCGACCUUUCUCUCUGCGAGGCCUCGGAUGGCGGUGAAGAUGAAUUCGCUGGAAACCCACUGACAUCUCAAAGGGAAAUCAAGACUCGCCCGCCCUCCCCCAUCCACACUGCUGCCUGUGCCAGCCGCCUAUAUGCAAACAGAUCAACGGCAAUGUGUCCACAGCAGACCCUGGGUCCGUUUAAACCCAUUUAUGGACCCUGUGGAAUCAUACAACCUGUGUGCUUCUGAUCGUGUGUUAGGGUUUAGAGCUAACGCUGACUCUGGUGAAGCGAUUCACAAACAUAUCCGCAGACACAGCAGCUGAACCUUGCCGAGGUCUGAUGAAUGUAUACCUAGGAUCACAGCUCCCUCAGCUGUGCAAAGAACAGCUCAUUCACUGAAAACGUGCUUCUGCGCAACAUGCUUCAAGACUUCUUUUUGUGUUGAAUUCAGAGUCGGGCAAAAGUAAUAAUUUUACGUUUUUAUUGCCAAAGCAAUCUUUAAGUCCUGUUUUAAGGCUAGUUUAAAAAAGCGAUUGGUUGAUUAUCUUGUGUUUGGACAAUAGUAGCUGGACGUUAUAAUCAGCAGGGAGGGAUUGUUGCUUUGGAGACACGGUCAGGAAAAGUGGGACACACCCACUCUUUGUUUUAUCCGAAUAACACUGGAUAUUAGCCAUAUUAUUUAACGUUGUCAACUAAUGCUUCUGUUGAUUAUUUAUUGAUUUCAUCUUCUUUCUGUACUGUACACUUAAAAAAAGGACAAAAAAAAAAAACUGGCUGCUUCACAGGCGACUAUUAUUUGACGUUUUAAAUGUGUGUGUUGGCAAAGUAUACGAGGCAGAAAGUGCCUUUGAAAUAAAUCAAACAUUCCUCCAUAGUGAGCCGCCACAUUUAUCGCAUCAGUUCAGGAGGGGAGAGGAGAGGUCCGAAAUUGUGCCAUUGCUGUGUCUGUUAAGACAUGCCCUUUGUUUUCUCCAGGUUUCGGUGUUGUUCGUUUGCACAGUGAUGAAAAUAUGAAACAUUGCUGUUGUGUUCAGUGAUGUCACAGAAUGUUUAUGGUUCUGAUCAUUGUGGAUCAAUAAAACCUUUUGCUUGGAAAUAACU